AUGAUACGCAAUGUCCGUUUGCCUUCCACGACCGGCUGCUUCGUGUCAAGAUGGCCGUACUUCCAAAGGAGUCCGGAAGCUUACCUCACUCACAUGAAAGAGUACUUCUACUUCAUGAUCGAGGGCUACGCCCAGCCAUUCGGCUACAUGCUCGAAUCUAAGGCAAAGCAGAUAUCCUGGCCCUCAUUUUGGACCGUAGAUACGGAAAAAAGGCUGGUUAUCCUCGCCCAUGGGUCCGGGAUCGAGCAAAGAAAUGCGUUCAUGGCCGCCACUCUACAGAGCGAGCACCAAAGAGGCCAAGUCUCCGAACUGCGCAAACUGUCCAAGGAGCUCUGCGCCGUGCACACCGCGAACGGCGAGCCUGUCCUCAAAAUAGACCGCUCAGCAGCGGGUCUGUUCGGCAUCCGGACGUACGGCGUCUUUUUAAUCGCAUACACGAACACCGACCAGGGCCGCAAGUUCUGGGUUGCCCAGCGAUCGAAGAACAAGAUGACCUAUCCAGGAAAGUUGGAUAUGUGCGUCGGGGGUAGUUUACGCGCAGAUGAAGUACCGCUCGACUGCCUCGUUCGCGAGGGCGAGGAGGAAGCGUCGAUUCCUGCAGAUAUCAGCCGGAAUGGUGUCCAGCCUUGUGGCGUACUGACGUAUCAUGGUCAGCCGGCCAGUCGGGCACAGACGCAGUACGUGUAUGAGUUGGAGUUGUCGGUCACGCCUAAGCCUUGUGACGAUGAGGUGGAGGCGUUCAAGCUGUUGAGCUUGGAGGAGAUCAAGGGCGCGUUGGGACGUCGGGAGUUUAAGUUGAAUAUUGCGAUGACUUGGAUUGAUUACCUUGUACGGCAUGGGGAAUUGCUUGCGCAGAAUGAGGGCAAAUAUCUGGAGAUUUGCUCUAGGCUUCAUAGGAAUUUGGAGUUCUUUGUUGUCUAG